CUCCAGCAAUCUCCCCCAUUCUGCGGGUUUGGUGGUAUUCCAGGCAUGCACGGGUUACCAGGCCGUGACGGACGUGAUGCCCGAGAAGGAGCGAAAGGUGACCCGGGAAGCCCGGGAAAGACUGGGCCUCGGGGACCUGUUGGUGUAAAUGGAAAAGAUGGUGCUAAAGGAGAGCCUGGUGUACAGGGCCCACCUGGUCCAAAAGGAGAGUGUGGACAAAGAGCACAACCUGGGAACCCAGGUCUGAUGCCUGAGAACAAGAAAGAGUGAGAACUGGAAAGAGUGCGCAUGGAAUAAAUUAAACGAUGACAAAGACAACGGUUUAGUAAAGGUAAAUUUUUAAGAUUUAAAUCUUUUAUUUGGUAUAAAAUGCUAUGCUUUUAUCUUACCCCCUAUUAUAACCAAAUGAUGUGACUAUUCUACGUUUAUCUCCCACAUAUUUAGGACUGUGUCUUCACCAAGAACUUUUCUGACACCGCUCUUCAUGUGGCCUGGACUGGUGCCCUUAGAAUCUACAAAUGUACAAGAUGUUGCAAACGCUGGUACUUCACUUUUAACGGUGCAGAAUGCUCAGCUCCUCUACCCAUUGACGGUGUGGUGUACAUGUGGCAAGGCAACACUCAAGAUCUUCACCGAGUCCGCCAUAUUGAGGGGCACUGUAACAACAUCCACAAAGGAAGGGUGCGCGUGGGAUUUUGGGUUGGUAAUUGUCCAAGUGCAACACCUGGUGACGCCUACACGGGCUGGCAAUCUGUGUCCCGAAUCUUCAUUGAAGAAGUUCCUAAGGCUCAGGCCUAG